AUGGCGGCGGAGGGAGAAAGGCGCCCCUCCCCCUUGCUCUCGACACCGUUCCGCUUAGUGUGGCGGCGCAACCCUUGCGCUGGGAGGCGACGCUCUGUAACGGGUGUCCGGAACCGAAGGGCGGGGGCGCGCGCGAGCGAGCGAUUCCCAACCCUCGGCUACGCCGCUUGCGCAGCGGCUCGUCGGAGGCGAAAAGCUUCAGCCAGCGCCUUUCUCCUCCUGCUGCCUCUGCGCCGUUGGCGUAGCAUGUCCCAAGAUGGCGUCGCGGUCGUCGUCGUUGGCGGCGGUGGCCGGAGCGCUGGCGGCAGCUGGGGUGCCGACGUGGGAAGAGCUGAGAGGGGGAGCGAGGCGGCGGACGGCGGGUGGUAG